AUGCGUCCCUGUCAUCCCAAGCUAGACCAGGCCAACUUUUCUAUCGGACCUUUAUGCCAGCUUCAGGUCAAGCGCAAGGGGCAGAGAUCUGCUUCGUCGAGGAGGAUUUCUCAUCAUUGA